UGUUGUGAGUAGAAGAUGGGUAAGCGGGCGGCUGGAUUUGUGCUGUUUCGCAGAUUGUGUGGCGAAAUCGAGUAUUUGCUGCUGAAAGCAUCAUACGGUGACUUCCAUUGGAGCUCGCCUAAGGGACACGUGGAUCCCGGCGAGGAUGACUUCACUACAGCGCUGCGCGAGACCAAAGAAGAAGCCGGCUAUGACGAAAAGGAUCUGAUUAUAUACCGUGACAACCCGCUGACGCUGAAUUAUGUCGUUAAGGGCAAGCCGAAGAUCGUAAUUUAUUGGCUAGCAGAAUUACGGAACCCCAACCAAGCACCCGUGCUUUCCGACGAGCACACAGACUUCAAGUGGCUGGCCAAGGAGGCAGCCAAGCAGUGUGUGGGCUUCAAGGACAAUCAGGAUAUGAUUGAAAGUUUCCAUUCCAUUAUUUUGAAAAUGGAUAAAACAUAAGCAAACAUGUUAUCGAUUAAAAGACAUCAAAAAUACAAAAAAUAUAUAUAUCAGUGCUGUGCAGGUCAUUAACGACUUCCGCAAUUCGCACACUAUACAA